GCAGCGGCGCUCUCUAGCGGCGCCCUCUUGCGGCGCCUCAUGGAACAUUCCCGGAAACCGCGCGCGCCAGUAAUUUUUGCAAAUAAUGGAAUUUCCCCUGUGUCCCCCAACCUGUGACCUUGCUGACUUCUCCUUGGCCCGUCGGUGAACCAAAUUCUGGAGACCUGGCAUUGGACGGUCGGAGAAGGUCUAAGGCAGAACUAUUUUCAUAAUAAUAGUAACGUCAUUUGACUUUUUAAAUCUCGGAAUUUUCCAAAGGUGACCCGUUGUGUGAUGACGUCAUCGCUCUGAUGACUAAAGGACUGUGUCCGUGUAUCUUGUGUUUUCUAGAACUUUCUAAGGUAAGCUGUUUAGGUUCUUCAGUUUCUUUUUCUUAUUCUUGCAAUUGUUUUUAGAGUUAGUGAAGUUUUUUCUUUGUUACGUAUCCCCCGCCCCACUAUUCCUUUUUAAAUCUCUGACUUGUGGAAACUCUUUUCUUCUGCCUGAGGUACAUUCUUCAUAAUUUCCUUCAGUGAAGGUUUGCUUUUGUCAAACUUUCUCAGUUUUGCUGAAUAUGUCUUCACUUCAUCUUAAAUUUCUUGAAGAAUUUAUUUUCAUUGCUUAUAAAAUUUGAGGUUGAAAAUUAUUUUCUCUUCUACAUAUUGAUGUAUUAUUUGGCUAUCUUUUGGCUUCCAGUGCUGUAGAAAAGUUAAUUGUUUAGAAAGUUAAUUGUUUAAAAUUAAUACAUAAUUUUUCCUCCAAAUAUUUUUGUAUCUUUUAUUAGUGUUUCGUGUUCUUCAGUUUCUCUCUGAUGUGUCUUGGUAUAGAUUUUAAAAAAUAUUCAUUCUUCUUUGGAUUCAUUACAUUUCUUGAAUCUCCUGGUUAAUGUCUUUAAUCAGUUUUGGAAAACUCUUAGCCAGUAAUUCUUCCUAUUUUAUCUCCACCCUAUUUUGUCUUUCCUGUCCUUCUGUAGCUGCAGUUAAACACAUGUAAUGCCUACUUGCUCCAUCCUCUGUACUAUUUUUAUUUUUUUUAAACUUUAUUUUGAAAUAAAUUCACAGGAUGUGUGAUGACAUCAUUGUUUGGAUGACUAGAGAAAUGUGUGCUUGUGUUUUCUUAUGUUUUCUAGAAUUUUCUAAGAUAAGCUCUUUAGGUUUCUCAAUAAUUUUUUAAAUGUCCUGAGACCAAAAUGAGAACAGCUGAAUUAGAGUACUGUAUAACUUCUUCCUGUUUGUACCCACUGGAAGAAGUAUUCAGGCUUCUGCAGAAUGAGUUUUUCUUUUACAACCACCUUCCCAGACAAACCUUGCUCCUCCAGCCUUGCCUAGGCUCAGGGUUAAGUCAAAAGAUGAUUUUCACAGUGAGAGAAAGCAAGAAAAGGGGCUUGCAGCAUCUGCAGUCUGUGGAAUGAGGAGUUGAACUAUGACCAAAUGACCACAGGGCUAUCACCAAAUGACAUUCAACAGGAGUCCCUGGGUGGUACAAAUGGUAAGCAAGCUCAACUGACAACCAAAGUUGGAGAUUCCACUCCAUCCAGAGGUGCCUAAGAAGAAAGGCCUGGCAAUCUACUUCUGAAAAAAACAGCCUUUGAAAACUUUAUGGAGCACAGUUUUGCUCUGACACAACAUGAGGUCAUCAUGAGUCAGAAUCCACUCAGAGGCAACUGGUUUUAACAUUCAACACGUAAUUCUCUGUCUUUGCUAGCAAUAAACUGUAUGUAAAAAAAUCAAAAGUAGGUUCUCGGUUCUCCUUCCCACCCACCCAGGAUUGCACACAUAGUGAGUCACUGUGGAAAUUUAAGAAACGUCUUUCUCAAAAAAUCUGUCAAAAUCAGGUUGCUUAAUCUACUAUGGGUAGUAUCUUUCCUAACAGCAUGAGCUACACCUCCUGAAUGAUCAUUCAGAGGACCUUCCUUCCUCUGCUUUCUAAAAUGAGAGAACUUAGGAAAGCUUGCUACAGAUUUGGAGCCCUGAUGGUGCAGUGGUUAGAGCUUGGCUGCUAAUCAAAAGGUCAACAGUUUGAAUCCACCAGCUGCUCCUUGGAAACCCUGUGGAGGAUUUCUGUCCUAUAGGGUUGCUGUGAGUUGGAAUCGACUCGAUGGCAACGGAUUUUUUUCAUUACAGAUUUACUGAUAAUUUAGUCCUUCAUGACUAAGAACUAAUGGUAGCUGCCUAGUUAGAGCACGAACAAGGCCAUUUCCUAUUUGGGUUGCGUAGUUUUUUAGAAUAGUGUUCUAUUAGAAUUAUGACUUUUUGGUUAUGAAAAAUCAUGAUUUUUCUUCUCUGCUUUUCCAGUUUGUUUCAUGCUCUCAUGCUUCCCUUUGCCUUUGUGGACAAGAAGAGCGCGUUCUGAGAUGGCCGCCGAGUCGAUUCCAAUUCGCGGUGACCCAAUGUGUUAGAGAGUAGAACUGAACUCCGUUGUGUUUUCUUGGCUAUAAUCUUUAUGGAAAGAGAUCACCAGAACUGUCUUCCACAGUGCUGCUGUGUGGGUUCGAACCGCCAGCCUUCAGGCUUUGUACCUUCAACAAGGGACUGCUUAUCCCUGGCAGAGGACUGACUCAAGGAUCCCAGGAUCCCAAGGAACAAGGACCUCUCCAUAUUCAUGAAGGCAAGGAAGGGUGUUUACCUUUUCUGCAAAAAAACAAAAAAAUGUGGCAAAAAUCCCUGGGAGGCUUCUAGCACAACAGUUUAGGGAAAACAAGGCAUAUUAAAGGUAGAGCUUUUACCAGCUUCUCAUUUAUAAAUGACUAGGAUAGCUGCCUAAUAGCUUUGGGUAGAAAUCACAUUCAGAAUUUCAGCUAUUAUUCCUGGAAGCCUUAGGGGCUGAACUCUUUUAGUUAAAUGAUCUCCACUUCCUGUGCGUUGAUACUGAAAGGGGAGGCAUGGACGAAAGAGACCUAACAUGUAAGUAAGAGGGGCCCUUCAGUUGUACCAACUAAAUGCUUCUAGUCCAUAGUUUUGUUAGAGGGAUGUUGUUAAUCCAUGCUUAAUUGAAACUGAUUUCUGUUACUGAUCUGAUUUGCAAACUAUGGAUUAUCUUUAUCAGUUUAGGAAUAUUCAUUAUAGUUAAAAUUGUGGCUUCUUUAAAGGGCCCAAGUAAAUAUGUAUGUAUAUAUUUCAUUUAAAAUUUUACUUGCCUUCUUGGCUCUCAGCAUCUGCCUCUCUUCUUACACGGACUGAACUAGUACUAAUCAUUUUAUGUCAGUGAGCAUCAGUAGCCUGUACUGUUUGUAGUGCUUUCUGAGCAUCCUAUUUUUCAAGGAAAUGAGGAAAAAAUCAGAAUUAAGACUAAUUUAUUAAUGGUUAUUUUUUGCAGUUCUCUAUGAUUUUUUUUUUUAUGAUUUAAUUGUAGUUGGAGCUUGCAUCAAAUGUAUGGUAUAUACACAGUUGUUUGGUGGAAAAAUCAACUAAUUUUACAUGUUAAUCUAACCAUAUUUGGCUUUGAUCGGUUAAAAGUUAUUGAAUGAACAAGGAUUGCUAUUGUUAAUAGCAAUAUAUGUAUUGCUAUAACUGGAAUAUGUAUUUUGAAAUGCUAGGAAAAAACAGAUGAACUCAACACAUUUGAAAUACUGUAGAUUUAUUUUUUAGUUUUGUGUUAAUACUGGUUACCUAAUUUGUUUUUCCUUCAUAUAGCAAGUUCACCUAUACAUGUGAAUCAUGGUGUGUGGUAAUUAGUAUCAUCUUUUUUAAAGCACUUACUUUUUUUUUGCAUUAAUUCAUGCUUGCAUUUUUGGGCUGUGGGCAUUAACUAAAAUUAAAUUGCGUACUUUGCCUUACAUUCGUUUCUUUGCUCAUUUCUCUGGCUUAAACUUUCUAACAGUCUAACAAUCAGGAUAGUACAAAUAGAGGGGAAAUACAUUUUCAUGAGGCACAGAUUUGAUUAUUUUGGUGGCCAAGUAUUAGUUCCUGAACUAAGUUAUUUGACCUAACACUGUCCUGUAAGAAGAUAGGUGUGGAUCCUGUUCAUAAUAUCUCCAUCAUAAGAGGACACAUCUAGUGACACUGGUACAGCCCCAUUGGAUGAGUAAUUGGAGUUACCCUAUUUCAUUUUAUAUAAACCCCAGUGAUUGGCACAAGGCCUUUUAUUUUUUGCACUGAGGAAUAGGUCAGUAGUAAUUUCAGGUUUUCAGGGAUCAGAGGCCUGAUUCCUUCCCUGAGCUCUUUGUUGUGGCAUUAAAUGGAAAUCCAUGGAACUUUAAAGCUUUUGGGCGCAUGAAUCACUUUUAUAGUUCUUCAGCUCAUUGCCGUAAUCACCUCCUCAUAUUUCUUUGUCUUAUGGAGUGGCCUCUUUAUUUUUGUUUCAGUUCGAGUUAAGUUGCGGGAGAUAGUAGGAGCGUCCACAAACUGGAGAGACCAUGUGAAAGCAGUGGAGGAAAGAAAAUUACUUCAUGGUUUUUUGGCUAAGUCACAGGAAGGACUGCCACCUAGGAGAAUGAAAGACAGUUAUACUGAAGUUCUCUUGCCUUUGGGCGGUCAGCCUGAAUUACGAGAGAAAUAUUUGACUGUUCAAAACACUGUAAGAUUUGGCAGGAUUCUUGAGGAUCUUGACAGCUUAGGAGUUCUUAUUUGCUACAAGCACAGCAAAAUUCAAGCAGCUCAGAGAUCUCCUUUAUCCAUAGUUACAGCCCUGGUGGACAAGAUUGAUAUGUGUAAGAAAAGCAUAAGCCCAGAACAGGACAUUAAGUUCAGUGGCCAUGUUAGCUGGGUUGGAAAGACAUCCAUGGAAGUGAAGAUGCAGAUGCUCCAGUUACAUGGCGAUGAAUAUACUCCUGUUUUGGGUGCAACAUUUGUAAUGGUGGCCCGUGAUUCUGAAAAUAAAGGGCCAGCAUUUGUAAAUCCACUUCUCAUUGAAAGCCCAGAGGAAGAAGAGCUCUUUGCACAAGGAGAAUUGAACAAGGGGAGAAGGAUUGCCUUCAGCUCCACAUCAUUACUGAAAGUGGCUCCCAGUGCUGAGGAGAGGACCACCAUACAUGAGAUGUUUCUGAACACACUGGAUUCAAAGACUAUAAGUUUUCGAAGUCGAGUUUUGCCACCUAAUGCAGUGUGGAUGGAGGAUUCAAAACUGAAGAGCUUGCUAGUUUGCCAUCCUCAGGAGCGGAACAUUUUCAAUCGGAUCUUUGGUGGUUUCCUUAUGAGGAAGGCGUAUGAACUUGCAUGGGCUACUGCUUGUAGCUUUGGUGGUUCCCGACCAUUUGUGGUAGCAGUGGAUGAUAUCAUGUUUCAGAAACCUGUUGAAGUUGGAUCAUUGCUGUUUCUUUCUUCCCAGGUUUGCUUUACUCAGGACAAUUACAUUCAAGUCAGAGUACACAGUGAAGUGGCCUCUCUUCAGAGUAAAGAGCAUACGACCACCAAUGUCUUUCAUUUCACUUUCAUGUCGGAAAAAGAGGUGCCUUUGGUUUUCCCUAAGACAUACGGAGAGUCCAUGUUGUAUUUAGAUGGGAAGCGACAUUUCAACUCCAUGGGCGCCCCGGUGAACUUGAUGACAAAGAACUACCUUGUAGAACCCUAGGAAAAACCUCACUCACUGAAAACCAGCAACCCACAGUAACAAGUGUUUAAUGAAGGCCUGAUGAAGUGUUUUGGCUUUAGUGUUAUUCUCCUGCUGCGUAGAGGGAGAAGAAUAAUGUACUCAGUUAGAAUGACCAGAAAAGCAGAAUGAGGGAGUGGCUGGGUGGGGCAGAGGAGAGAAAAGAGUUAUUAAACAAUAAAUUCUUCCAAAACAAUUUAGUUGUGAACCUAUCAGCUUGGCUCCCGUCUGCCAAACAAGGUAGGGCACAAUACCUUUUUGCACAAUUGGGCACAUUCUUUUCUUACACAUAUAUUGCAGCUACCAAUAUAGGAGGUUUACUGCCAAGGCUUUGGCAUUCUUUAAACCUUAUAUUUGCUGCAAUUCCCCUAUGUCAUCUAAAAUUCCAGCAACUCUACAUGAUUCUUUUGUGUUUUGCCUCUGUAUUUCUUAGCUUUUGUUGUUAGCAGAGGGUAGAUGAAAAACUGGGGUAAAGGGAUUCAACAAAUGAUAUGUUGCAUUUGUAAAGAUUUAUGGGAAACUUUAGAUCUGAAGUCAUACCACCAGGAAGUGCUUAGAGAUGAUCUAGAUGAGGAAACGGAGGACCAUUUGUUCUUCGUUCAUUCACCUCUGCUAGGGGUUGGGCAGAAUAUAUCCAACUAAAAAGGAAAAAAAAUAGCUGCUUAUACUUACACAGUACUUACCAUGUGCUAGGUACUGUUCUAAGCAUCUACCAUGGAUUAGGUCAUUUAUGUCUUCCAACAAUGCUGUGAGGUAGGUUCUGUCACUCCCUCAUAGGGUUAGGUCACUCAGGAAACUGAAGCACAGAGAAGUUAAGUAACUGCCUCAAGGUCCCACAACUAGACAGACACUGGUGGUGCUGGGAUUCGAAAUCAGGCAAUGUGGGUCCAGCGUACUCUUAACCAGUACACUGUACUGCUUUCAAGGACUGUAGCAAGGGAGACCAUACCCAAUAUAACAGUGUAACCUAGGAACACAAAGGGAGGUAUUUCCAUUGAUCAGCAGUUAAAAUAGGGUUUCUUCCUUGACGGGAAAAGUCGAUCAAGUUCAGAAGAGACAGAAAACAGGCUACAUAGAAGAAAAAAGUAAUCUCUGAAAAGGCGCUCCCAGGAGCAGUCUUUACUUUGGGUUCUAGAUCAGCAACCACAAACUUGACUCUGCAUCAGAAUUAGCUAGACCACUGCUGUUAAGUCGAUUCCGACUCAUAGCGACCCUACAGGACAGAGUAGAACUGCCUCGCAGGGUUUCUAAGGAAUAGCUGGUGGAUUUGAACUGCUGACCUUUUGGUUAGCAGCCGAGCUCUUAACCACUACACCACCAGGGUUUCCAGAAUUAGCUAGAGCACUGUUUUUUAAAAAUUUAUUUCAGUUUAUGUAAUGUUUAUGCACAACUGGCAUAAUCUUGGAAAUAAACAACUAUCUCUUUUUGCUGUUAUGUGCCAUCAAGUGGAUUCUGACUCAUAGCGACCCCAUAUGACAGAGUAGAACUGCCCCAUAGGGUUUCCUAGGCUGUCAUCUUUUUUUUUAAGCAAAAUUUUAUUUAUUUUGUUGUUGUUAAGAACACAACUGUCUCUCAGAGGCUUGCAAUUCGACUCAUGGAAUCAAGCUUCUCUCCGUGCUGUGCUACCAUCCUGCUGAGGGCUGGCAAAGCAAGGUGGCUAAAAGGAAGGGAUGGGCCCUGGGGACUUUUGUGUGUGUUAAGUGGAGUUCAGUUAAGAGACCUUCUAUUGCAUCCUAGUGUAUAGAUUAUACGUUAUAUGUUUAACCAUUCAUUGCUGUACACUGAAGCUUUUUCUUGGUUUUUUUUGUUUUUUUGCUAUUAUUAAUAAUGCUGCAGUAAAUAUCCUAAAUAGCUAAAACAUUUAGACCCCUAAAUUAUUUCCUUAGGAACUGUGGUGUCUAGGUCAAAUACUGUGCAUAUGUUAUUUCAAGUAACCCCCCAGAAGGGUUGUACACAUUCACUUAUGCAUCAGAAAUUUCCCUGAACUUUGUCAAAUUUUAUCCUUUUCUUUCUUAAACAUCUUUGCCAUUUUGGUAGGUAAAAAAUGACAUGUGUGUUAAUUGCUUUCUUGGAAUUCUACUGAGAUUAAACUUUAAAAAAAUG